AACCUAUUAUAAGUUACAUCCUAUAAAAGGCAGCCAGACUAUAGAUAUCUUAUCAGUGCUUUCCUUUAAGUCUUAGAAAAUUAACGUAGUUCACUAUAAUAAUGAGUGUGACGUCAAAAUUUAUAUAUCUUUUUACAGUUCACUUUAUUUUAUUCAAUAUCUUAGAAAGUUCAGCGGAGGAAAGCUGUGAAACAAUACCCACAGAAAUACAUUUAACUAAAGAGGAGUAUGAUGAUCUCGGCAGAUUGAGAAGAUCUUGCAGCGGCGAUGUUAGUGUAAAUAAAUGCGAAGGCAUGUGUAAUAGUCAAGUGCAGCCAUCAGUAGUUACACCAACUGGAUUCCUAAAGGAAUGUUUCUGCUGCAGAGAAAAUUUCCUGAGAGAGCGGAUAGUCACCCUGUCACAUUGCUAUGAUCCUGACGGCAUUCGCCUUGACGAGGAGGAGUUUGCUAUGAUGGAAGUGCGACUGAGAGAACCUGCGGAGUGCAAAUGCUACAAAUGUGGAGACUAUAACCGAUAACUUAAAAU